AUGUAUAUGCUCUACCGUUCUAAUAUGGUUUGCUGUGAUCGGCACAGGGAAGUCAUCCUGGCGGAGCUUGAGGGAACAAAUGGAGACUAUGCGGCUUCCGUGAUCGAAAGAGAGAACUCAAGUGCCAAUGUAGUCGUGAUUUUGGAUGGAAGUCUACUGACUGAAGACUUCAGGUGCGACCGCGUUAGGGUCAGGGUUGAUGGAAACCGUAUUGUCGUCCAAGUCCCUACCGUCGGCUAG